AUGUCGCGUGCCUUUGCAACCAGGCUUCGACUGUCGUCGCCGAGGACGCACUCUCUCCUCUGCUCGGUGUCGUCGCUACCCUGUUCGCCCUGGAUCCGGUCUCCUACUGCGCAAGUCCGGCCGAGUUCACAUUCUCCGAUGGGCUCUGCGCCUGGGAAUGCGCGCAAGCCCGUCACCAUCCAUACUCUCCACAGCCUCUACCGCAAGAACGAGCCCAUUACGGUGAUUACCGCACACGACUUCCCAAGCGCCCACGUCGCCGACCAAGCAGGCAUGGACAUGGUACUCGUCGGCGACAGUCUGGCCAUGGUUGCGCUUGGAAUGGAAGACACGAGUGAGGUAUUGAUGGAAGAGAUGUUAUUGCACUGCAAAUCAGUAGCACGAGCAACCAAGGCCGCCUUCACCGUGGGCGACUUGCCCAUGGGAAGUUACGAAAUCUCUCCCGAGCAAGCCUUGGCCUCUGCCAUUCGCAUGAUCAAAGUCGGCCGUGUCAAAUCCGUCAAGCUGGAAGGCGGCAAGGAAAUGGCACCGACCAUCGCAAAGAUCACAGGAGCUGGCAUCCCCGUGCUCGCCCAUGUAGGCUUGACGCCCCAGAGACAAAAUGCCCUUGGCGGCUUCCGCGUCCAAGGUAAGAGCACCGCUUCGGCCGUCAAGCUGCUCGAGGAUGCACUGGCAGUACAAGACGCAGGUGCCUUUGCCGUCGUGGUCGAGGCGGUACCGGCCGAAGUCGCCACCCUCGUCACCAAGGAACUCAGCAUACCCACAAUAGGUAUUGGGGCUGGUAAUGGCUGCUCCGGUCAGGUGCUGGUGCAGGUUGAUAUGCUGGGCAACUUUCCUCCCGGUCGCUUCUUGCCAAAGUUUGUCAAACAGUUUGGCAAUGUGUGGGACGAGAGUACCAGGGCGAUUUCACAGUACAGAGAUGAGGUGAAGAGUCGGGAGUACCCGGCGCCAGAGCAUACGUACCCCAUAUCCAAGGAAGUACAUGACGAGUUUGAAAGGCUGGUUGAGCAAAGGCAAAAGGGGCGGUAG